AUGAGGAAAUGUUAAAUGUGAAAUAUCAGAGGUUGGUGUAGCUAUCAAAGGAACUGCUGCAGUUACAUCCUGAUCCCUGUCAAACAAAAGAGAUUUUAAACGCCGCUAUAGAUGAUUUACAUAUCAUAUCACUUUAAUAAUCUAUAUGGUUGCCAAGGGGAUAUUGAGGUAAUGCUGGGCUCACAUACUAGGGAGGAGUCUUUUAGAGGACAUAGUCCUUGUUCAAGUUCUCAAAGAAGACUCAGAAGUUUGACAAUAUACAGACGGCUUUGGAAAAGGUCGCUUCCUCUCACAGGGUCGAUUAACCUUUAUAUCUCUGUUCACUAUGCAACUUUAUGUAGUUCUGACCAUUCUGGUUAUGACCUUGUCCACAGCAUCUGGAUUAAGGUGCUUCACAUGUGUAACCACCGACCCUGAAUCCUGCACACUGAUCUCAACUUGUCCUGCCUUCUUCAACCGUUGUUUCUCCCUCGAAGUGAACGGUCUCGUCACUAAGGGCUGCCUACACAGUGCUCUAUGUGUAAACCCCAUGGAUUGCUGUGAAGGGGACUUGUGUAACAGUGCCAUACCUGACAGUAUUCUGUAUUUCUGUACAGCAUCUGGAUUAAGGUGCUUCACAUGUGUAACCACCAACCCUGAAUCCUGCACACAGAUCUCAACUUGUUCUGCCUUCUCCAACCGUUGUUACUCCAAGGAAGUGAACGGUCUCAUCACUAAGGGCUGCAAAAACAGUGUUCUAUGUGUAAACUCCAUGAAUUGCUGUGAAGGGGACUUGUGUAACAGCGCCAUACCCACACGGACACCCACACUCAUACCCACAACCACAACCACAACCACAACCACACCCGCUGCAUCUGGAUUAAGGUGCUUCACAUGUGCAACCAUCAUCUCUGAAUUCUGCACACGGAUCUCAACUUGUCCUGCCAUAGCUGACAGUUGUUUCUCUCUUGAAGUGAGAAGUCUCUUCAGUAGGAAGAUUGUUAAGGGCUGCCAAGUCAAGGAGCUAUGUGUAAAAUCCAUGGAUUGCUGUGAAGGAGACUUGUGUAACAGUGCCAUACCCACUGUUCCCAGCGUCAUCUUACCGCUGGUAUUCUCAGCCAUCGUCACACUCUUUCUCUGAGGCUCUGGAUUUGACUCUUUUUUUUUUCUUACAAAAUUGAAGAAGAAUAAACAAGAAGUCUCUAAAUCUAAUAAUCUUUUGUAUGAUGAUGAUGAUGUUCCUUUCAAUGUUAUAUUUUGUACAGUUUAUUAAAAUAUGCAGGACUGUAUCAGGAACACCACAUUCACAUAACCCAGUUGGAUGUUUUCCUUCAAUUCUCCAAAUACUUUUUGAACCCACAAUGCCUCAGCCUCAGUCUACUUAACUUCCUCUCUUCAGCUUCCAGAAUAACAAAUAAUUUUUUAACCACAGGUUGAAGAGAAAUGUAAUGUCUCCAUUUUGCAUCUUUUUUUCCAUUGUUCUCGUCACUUCUUUUCAAUGCUUUCUCUGAUUUUUCUUUGAAGUUCAACUUUUCAAAAGGAUAUAUUCAUAUCUAUUUCUGUUUUCUUUAAAGUCGUCUUAACAAUAUGAUCUGCAGUUUCAUUACCCUGAACUCCAUUGUGCCUAGGGCCCCAGAAUAGCCUGAUUUUUCAAGCAGGUCGCCUGCUUCAUCAUUGGGAGGCAAGAUAUGUUUAACUUAAUAUCUCUGUUUAAUGUUUAUGUGUUGUCCUGAGUUUUUGUCCUAGUCAAUUUAUGAGUUUUAUUACAAAUAAAUUUUAAUGAUUGGACAUGCUAUUAGGGAUUCACUGAGACGCAACAAUACCUAAUGGCCGGAGAGAGGAAGUAAAUAUUCCAAGACCCUCUUGGCCUCUGCCGCCAUAUCUACAUGGUUGUCCUGGGACAUGACGGAUGUUAUUCAGGACAAUAAAAAGGAAGGUCUUGGAAUGUUUACUUCCUCUCUCCGGUUCUUUCACAGGGUUGACUAAAAGUAAUACUAAAAAUAAACUCAAAUGAACUAAUGUUAACCUCAAGAAGAAUAAACAUUGUGUCAUGUAAAAGCUGUGACUGACUACAGAUCAAUAUUUGUUCAAAAAUAACAACGGUUCUGCAUUUCACAUCACUACAGCAAAAAUAGGUUUGUUAUGAAGUAAUUGUAAAAAAUUAGUGACAAAACACAACAUAAAACAUGAAUCUUAAGUAAAUUAAUAAAUUGUGGUCAGCUGUUGAUUCUGACGAUUGUUGAAGCAAACCAUUACUAUCUGGUCUGGUAUUUACUUUUUUACACUUAUCACCAUAUAACUGUGCUGUACUGAAUGCCCGGUGACUAUGGUUAUUGAAAAAUAAAACUGAUGUUUUUCCAUUAUGUCUUACAGGUCUCAUCUUUAUGGGCUGUUGUAACAGCAAAUAAUGAUCUUGAAAUGCAAUGUUGUUACAAGAUAACAUUAUU